CUCGGCAUAAGAUCUGUAGUCCGUCGUCCUCGGAAGAACUGAGAUCCUUCCACUUUACCAGGCGUCUUCUUCAAUUUCUUCCCUCCAGAAUCUAAAUCUAAUAGUAGCAGAAGAAGCUGAUCAAAUCAAUGUCAUCAGAUCUAGAAUCCUCCUCCGUCAACAACCAAUCUAUGCCACAUCACACCGAAGAAGAAGAACAUCAAGCACCUGAUGUUCAAACUCAAACUGAAGAAGCUACAGAUCGCGAACCAGACGCAUCAGAAUCGGUAAAACCUAUAAAGGAUGAAAAUCCUGAUCUCAACGAGGAUGCAGAUGUUGCCGUCUCUUCUGUGGAGCAAUCGGCGCCAGUUGAUCUUGUCAGUGCCGAGGAGAACCUAAAGGUAGAAUCCGAUGUCGCUGCUGACCAUACGAGUAACGGUUUGGCUGUGGAAGCUGAAGAAAGAGUGGAGACGAAACCGGAGUUGAAAAAUGACGAAGGUAGUCGUACUUUCACUAUGAGGGAGUUACUCGAUGAAUUGAAGAAAGGAGAAGAUGGAACCGGUGUCGCUGGCGAUUCUGAUAGCGAGAAGCAGAAUGCCAGUUCUACUUCACACGGCCAAGGUGGUAGUCAAAAUCAACAUACUCUUCAAAAUAACACAGCAAUGGAGUUAAUAAAUAGUGUUACUGGAAAUGAUGAGGAGGGUCGUUCUCGCCAACGGGUUCUGACAUUUGCUGCCAGGAGGUAUGCAAGUGCAAUUGAAAGAAACCCUGAAGACUAUGAUGCAUUAUACAACUGGGCUCUUGUGCUUCAGGAAAGUGCAGAUAAUGUUGGUCCAGAUUCUACUUCACCUUCAAAAGAUGCUUUGCUUGAUGAAGCAUGCAAAAAGUAUGACGAGGCCACCUCUCUUUGCCCUACACUUCAUGAUGCUUAUUACAAUUGGGCCAUAGCAAUUUCUGAUCGGGCAAAAAUGCGUGGUCGAACAAAGGAGGCCGAAGAGUUGUGGAAGCAGGCAACAGAAAAAUAUGGAAAAGCCGUCAAUCUCAAUUGGAAUAGUCCUCAGGCACUCAACAACUGGGGAUUGGCUUUGCAGGAACUUAGUUCUAUUGUUCCAGCUCGGGAGAAGCAAACAAUCGUAAAAUCUGCAAUUGAUAAGUUUCGUGCAGCAAUUCAGUUGCAAUUUGAUUUUCAUAGGGCUAUUUACAACCUGGGAACUGUUCUGUAUGGUUUAGCAGAAGACAUGUCCAGAUUAGGCAUAUCAGUCAAUCUAAAGGAUAUUUCCCCCACUGAACUGUAUAGUCAGUCUGCAAUAUACAUCGCUGCUGCCCAUUCACUAAAACCAAGCUACUCGGUCUACACUAGUGCUUUGAAGCUUGUGCGCUCGAUGCUACCUUUACCCUACUUGAAGGUUGGAUAUCUUACUGCACCACCUUUAGGGGUUGCUGUUGCACCUCAUAGUCACUGGAAGCACACCCAAUUUGUUCUGAAUCAUGAAGGGCUGCAGCAGCUUGAACAUGCUGAGUAUAUGCAGCAAAGUCAUUCACGAGAUGCCCCGAAUGCAAACAAACAUGCUAUAAAAGUUGAUGUCACGGAUAUCAUCUCCGUCUCAGCUUGUGCUGAUCUUACACUGCCACCAGGUGCUGGUUUGUGCAUUAAUACAACUCAUGGACCAGUAUAUUUGGUUGCUGAUUCUUGGGACUCAUUAGAUGGAUGGCUUGAUGCAAUCCGAUUGGUGUAUACAAUUUUUGCUCGUGGAAAGUGCGAUAUAUUGGCUGGUAUAAUAACAGGAUAAAUCUUGUUUAUACAACAUAAAGUUGGACAUUUUGAUUAUUAGUUCUGUAGAUUUGUUUAAUCAUAUGCAAUAUUUGUUCUUUGCUGUGUGUGUUCUAGGGUUUGUAAUACCUUUUCUUUUUAGGGUUUGUAUGUAUUAUUAUUGAAACACCUGACCUUGUAUGUAUGUAAACGGCUGUUUGAAGAGUUUACUUUAUAGAGAGAAGUGGCAACAAUUUGA